CUGUAUGACAAACUGUUCCCUGGGUGCAGGGAAGGAAUAACAUCAGUGCUUUAGACAACUUUUUGUUUUCACCGUUCAGCUUGAAAUUGAUAUUAAUAUUAUGAAAGUGACUUAUUUAACUGACUACAAGUUUGGAUUUACUGAAUAUGGUGAAAGAACUUUAUGCGCUGACAGGACCUCAGGAAAACCCAACAUGGCUGCCAAGCGGAAAGGCGGCCUUAAGUUAAAUGCCAUUUGCGCCAAGCUUAGCCGGCAGAUGGUAUAUGAACACGGUUCAACAGAGCAGGCUGAGUCAGACCAUGGUGCCCAGGACAGCAGUGAGCUAGAUGGCUCUCAUCAUGGUGACCUAGAGAAGGACCCAGAAUAUUCAAAUGGACUUAAUGUCAUUCAGAAACUGGAGGAGGACAAACGUAGAAGGGAGGCCAUUGAAAAAUGGGUGAACGGGGAGUACUCUGAUGAACAUAUUGGGCAUCUGCAAGAAAGGCAAGGGAGGACUGGUGAAGGUGAUGAACUUCCCCCUGAAGGGGUAUACAUGGUACAGCCGAAGGGGUGCAGUGAUGAAGAAGACAGCACUGACGACCCAGAUGCUCUCCAUGGGUCUCAGGAUGGCAGUUAUCUAGAUGACAAAGAUUCGGAAGCAGCCACUCCAAAAUAUGAAAGUUGUAACUCUUCCAGUGAGGUCACCAGCAGACCCUCUAACACUGCUCCCACAGGGGAGGCCUCUUCACUCCGUGACUAUGCAGCUACCACAAUGAAUGAAUUCCUGGGGAUGUUUGGUUACAAUGAUCAGAGUGUCCGGGAUGAACUUGCAAAGAAGAUAAGCUUUGAUAAACUGCAUGCUGCUACCUCAGAUGCAUCUGGCUCUGCUUCCCUGCUAGGGGAGGACAUUAUGACAAGACGGGCCCGCUUCUCAAAGUACGAGGAAUACAUCCGGAAACUUAAGGCAGGGGAGCAACUUCCUUGGCCUUUGCCUAGCACCAGGAAUUUGGACCUGGAUUCAAAACCUGUACUGUCUAAGGAAUCUGGUUUGCAAAAUAGUCGAGGUCCAGCAAAAGAACCUGCAACUCUGGCAGAUACCAAGCCACCGCCACCGCCUCCUCCUCCUCCUCCUCCUCCUCCUCCAUCUUCCUUGCCUUCCACCAGCAGUUCCCAGACCCAAGGCCUAAUGCCCCGUGCUUCAAAGUAUGACUUUUACAUUCAGAAACUGAAAACAGGAGAGAGCAUUCUUCCACAAAAUGGUAACACUUACAAGAAACCCUCUAAAUAUGAUCUUGAAAAUGUGAAAUAUCUACAUCUUUUUAAACCAGGGGAGGGUAACCCUGACAUGGGUGGUGCCAUUGCUUUUAAAACUGGAAAAGUGGGCCGACCUUCUAAAUAUGAUGUAAAGAACUUCCAAAAACUUACCCCAGUGAAAGCGGCACCAAGUACUGCUUCAACAGUGCCACUUUCAGUAACUCCCACCACCCAGGCUGUAACUACUGAACCAACAACAUCUAUGACUUUUAGCACUCCAGAGUAUCUGAAGUCUGCCUUCUCCAAGACUGACUCCAUUACAACUGGAACAGUAUCAACUGUUAGGAACGGAUUGCCAUCCGAGAAGCCAGCUGUUACUGAAGAUGUAAAUGUUUACCAGAAGUACAUUGCCAGAUUUUCUGGCAGUCAGCAUUGCGGACACAUACACUGUGCAUACCAGUACAGAGAACAUUACCACUGUUUGGAUCCGGAGUGCAACUACCAGAGGUUUACCAGUAAGCAGGAUGUGAUUCGUCAUUACAACAUGCACAAGAAACGUGACAAUUCUUUGCAGCAUGGCUUCAUGCGCUUCAGCCCCUUGGAUGAUUGUAGCGUGUACUACCACGGCUGUCACUUAAAUGGGAAAAGCACACAUUACCACUGCAUGCAGGUGGGCUGUAAUAAGGUUUAUACCAGUACAUCUGAUGUUAUGACUCAUGAGAACUUCCACAAGAAGAACACUCAAUUAAUUAAUGAUGGCUUCCAGAGAUUCCGGGCGACUGAAGAUUGCGGGACAGUGGACUGUCAGUUCUAUGGACAGAAGACCACUCACUUCCAUUGCAGGCGCUCUGGAUGCAGGUUCACAUUUAAAAAUAAAUGUGACAUUGAGAAGCACAAGAGUUACCACAUCAAAGAUGAUGCCUAUGCGAAGGACGGCUUCAAGAAGUUUUACAAGUAUGAGGAGUGCAAGUAUGACGGUUGCGUGUACAGCAAGGCGACCAAUCACUUUCACUGCAUUCGUACAGGCUGUGGCUUCACCUUUACCUCAACAAGUCAGAUGACCUCCCAUAAACGCAAACAUGAGAGGCGCCACAUCCGUAACUCUGGUGUUUUGGGCCUGUCAUCAUCCCUCUUGGGCUUAAAAGAUGAGCAGGAGGACUCCAGUAAUGAUGAUCUCAUUGACUUUUCUGCUAUGAGCAGCAGGAAUUCAAGUUUAAGCCCUUCACCAACAAGUCAGCAAUCAUCUGUGUCUCUUGUGCUCCCAACACCCACAACAGAAAUCACUUCAACUCAAAUGGCAAAACCCACAACCACUGUUCCACCUGUAACUAAGAUACCAGCACUGAUGUCUCAGGUACUUCCUAGCACUAUCCCUGUUACGCUCACACUCCCAAACACUGCACUUUCAGUAUCAAAUCCAUUCUUCCCCAUAAUUCCCAGCAGAGUUCCCAUAUCACUCCCUGCUAAUGCAGCUAACUUGAUGUCAGCCAUUUCUUCAAGUACUGCAGCAACUGCGACAGACUCACUUUCUCUUACUGUGCCGAGCUGCAUUCCUUCAACGGUGUCAUCCCCAGUAGCCAAUUCUAUUAUGGAAAGAAUAUCCGCUAGCAAAGGCUUGAUCUCUCCCAUGAUGGCAAAACUCGCUGCUGCAGCACUGAAACCAUCUAAUAGUCCAGAACCAGGGAAUGGGCCACAAAUCUCAUCAGGCCGGAUCAAUCCAGUUCAAGUGAAACAGGAGCCUUCUGAAGAUGGGAACUUGACAUCCCAGCAUUCCUUGCAGGAUCAGAGUUUGGACCUCAGCAUGAAGGAUCACAGCAAUGAAUCUAAUGGACUUGCUGCACCGGGAAAUGCAUCUCUUUUAUCCUCGCUUAUGAAUAAGAUCUCACAGAACAACCUUAGUCUUGGUAGUCUCCUCAGUUUGAAAAAGGAGGCAGAAAGUUGUCAACCAACAGAAGGGGACGUGUCUCAGCACCUGCCCAAAACAAUGACAACGUCAGUGGUAGAGCAACCUACAGAACUAUGGAAAACAUACCUUCGUAGGUUCGGAACUGAGGAUUUUUGUGGUGCUCAGUGUGACUUCCUACAUAAAGUUCAUUUUCACUGUGUGAUAGAGGAAUGCGGAGCUCUCUUCAGCACACUUGAUGGGGCCAUUAAGCAUGCAAAUUUUCACUUCAGAUCUGAUGCUGUUGCAGUGAAAGUAAAUGAACCUUCUUUUCCCAACUCUGCUGAGCCCAAAGGUUCCUCUGCUUUAUCACCACCUCCACCACCAGCAGCCCCAGCACUGCCUUUAGCAGCAGCAGCAGUAGUAGCACCACCCCCACCGCCACUUCCAGCACCUCCGCCACCAUCAUCCGCAAUUCCUCCAUCAUCUUCUGUCACCAUGGCAACUGUUCCCUCCAUUGAGGGCUCGACCAUUAGCCCUACAACUAUCACUUCUGGUCCGACUUUUCUUUCCUGGAAGCAGGUGACAGGCAGCAUUGCUCCACUCCCACAGAUUCAAACCUCCAUCCCUGGUCUUGCAGCAUCACCCUUGACAACAACCUCCCUGGAGAAUGCCAAGCCUCAGGUCAAACCAGGAUUCCUCCAAUUUCAAGAGAACGAUCCUUGUCUAGCAACGGACUGUAAAUAUUCAAACAAGUUCCAUUUCCAUUGUCUGUUUGGAAACUGCAAGUACGUGUGCAAAACAUCUGGAAAAGCAGAAUCGCAUUGCCUAGACCACAUCAACCCCAGCAAUAAUCUCGUUAAUGUAAGGGAUCAGUUUGCGUACUAUUCGCUACAGUGUCUCUGUCCAAAUCAGCAAUGUGAAUUCCGUAUGAGAGGCCAUUACCACUGUCUGCGGACCAAUUGUUACUUUGUCACCAACAUCACUACCAAACUACCAUGGCACAUCAAGAAACAUGAGAAGGCAGAGCGGCGGGCUGCAAAUGGCUUUAAGUACUUCACCAAACGGGAAGAAUGUGGCCGAUUAGGUUGCAAGUAUAACCAAGUGAAUAGCCAUUUCCACUGCAUUCGGGAUGGAUGUCUCUUUUCUUUCCUUCUGAAACAUCAGAUGACAUCUCAUGCCAGAAAGCACAUGAGGAGAAUGCUGGGGAAGAACUUUGACAGAGUCCCAUCUCAGGUUUUGCCACAGAACGAAGACGUCUCUCACAUGGGCAACAUGCCGGGUGGAUCAACAUGUACCAGUGCCAGAGGCCUUUCUGGGCGACAGUCAACUCAUCUUGGCAUGGCAGAUCCAGAGACAGAUGAUUAUAUGGACUAUGCCGCCUGUGGUAGUCCUGCUGGCCUAUCAUCCGAGUCAUCGAUUCCAGAUCGAAGCUGCACCAGCACACCUGUCGGAAAUGAAAGUUCGUCUGCAGGCUGCCCGGUCUCUACUGCUGCUGCUGUUGUUGAUGACGCUGUUCACAGUGUACCACAACAUCUGCCUCUUCCACUACAGCCUCAGCCUCCACCUUCAUCCUUUCCUCAGGCCCUGCUCAGGCCUUCCCUCCCUACCCUCCCUUAUCUCCUUUCUCCAUCUUGUCUGUCCUACUCUCUGCUGAGCGCCUCUCUUGGAACCACCAGGAAUAUUGUCCUACCUACCAGCACGACAGGGUUCAAUCCACUCAUUGCUGCUCCAAGUCCAGUUAAAAGUGACAUCCCUCUAGUUCAAGAUGCAGCAGGCAAUACUAUAACCAUGCCAACUGCUUCUGGUGCAAAGAAGAGAUUUUGGAUUAUUGAAGAUAUGUCCCCCUUUGGUAAACGCCGUAAGACAGCUUCUUCUAGAAAGAUGUUAGAUGAAGGGAUGAUGUUGGAAGGUUUCCGGAGACAUGAUCUCUAUGAAGACUGUAAAGAUGCUUCCUGCCAGUUCUCUCUAAAGGUUACCCACUACCACUGCACUCGAGAGAACUGUGGGUACAAGUUCUGUGGCCGCACCCACAUGUACAAGCAUGCCCAGCACCACGACCGCGUGGACAACCUUGUUCUUGAUGAUUUCAAACGAUUCAAGUCAUCACUUGCUUGCAAUUUUCCAGACUGUCAAUUUUCCGGAAACAGCACUCAUUUUCACUGCCUUCGCUGUGGAUUCAGGUGUACUGAUAGCACCAAAGUGACUGCCCAUCGUAAACAUCAUGGAAAGCAGGACGUUAUCAGUGCAGCUGGAUUUUGCCAGUUUAGCUCAAGUGUGGACUGCGAGAUUCCUGACUGUAAAUAUAAACUUAAAUGCUCGCAUUUUCACUGCACGUACCCUGACUGCAAACAUACAGUGGUAGGCAUGUCUCAGAUGGACUCCCAUAAACGAAAGCAUGAAAAACAAGAACGAGGUGAGAUUCCUUCUAUUUCUCCUGGUCAGGAAGGGUUGCACAACACUAGCAUGAAUGUAGACUAUGACCAUCAAGGUUCAUCUCUCAACUUAGAUGGAUCUUUAAAUCUGGGUACUGAUGCUAACAGCUCACUUUUCUUCCUGAAAAAUGCUGCAGGCAUAGGGCUAAGCGAUUCUCUUGAUCUCAGCAAAAAGCCCCAUGAUCCUUCAGGAGAAGCAUCUUUGAGAGUUCCUCAGGAGGACACCACAGCCACAUCAGGUGAUGCUGAAGAUGACUUGUCCCCGGAUGAUGAAAUGAAUGAAGAAGAGGAGGAGGAGGAAGAUGAAGAAGACCUUAACACAGACUCAGAUGACUCUGUUCCUGAUCUUGAGGACAUGGCACAUAAAACCAAUGAGGAAAAAUUUGAUGCUUCCAUAAAUCACAGUGAUACUUCAAGGCUUGCUAAUGAUGUAAUGGCUGCUCCAUGAAUUGAAAAGCAAAACUAUAUCUAUUUUUAAAAAGAACAAAAAGGCUGCAGGUGGCAAAAAAGACUCUGCUACUAAAACAAACCAGAAAGAAAGAUGUUUACAACCUGACCAACAUUAAUAAUUUUAUUAUGCAGACAAACUAAGGAUCUGAAUUCUCACAAAAUACAAUAUUAGGGGUUAUCUUUGCUACCCAUAAUUAUAUUUUGGUUGUGUGUGCAUGUCAAAUUGCUUUUUUUUUUUUUUUUUUUUUUUUAGGUGUAAGAUACUAAGGAUCUAGAAUGAUUUUGAUUUUUAAAAGAGAAAUUAAAUGUGGAAGCAGUUCAUUUGUUUGCAAAGGUGAUUUGCUAAUCUUUUGCAAAAGACUGAUGGUAGUUAUCUGGCAUCUUAAAAAGGAAGAUAUAGUUAUUUUAAAUAUGUUGAUACAUUCAGAUUAUUUAUUAUAUGAAACACAAAAGCAUUACAAUGAGUGCAGGUGAUCUACAACGCUUGUUUUCUGUCCAAUAUCUGCACUUAAUUUGUUCUUCCAUUUUUUUCUUUUUUUUUUAAUUUAAAAAAAUUAUUUUGUCUCUCCUGUUAAAUAUUUCCAUUUGUACUAAGUACACAUUUGCUUAUUGGUCUAGAAAGUAGAGAGGUUUGAUAGCCUGCCUUAUAGGCAGGUGAAAACAUUGCUGUAUGUGGCGAAGGAAUGGGUAAUGUUGUGUCACGCCCUCCAAAAGUAGAGCCAUUCCAGCUACAAGAUGGGGUUGCGGUGCAUAACUAGCGAUGUUAGUACAACCAAAGCCAGCUGCUAUAGAUGUCAGGGCAGAGUUUUCAGGAGUGCUGUAUUGUACAUCAGAUGCAUGGUUUCUGGAAUUUUCCAUUAUGCUUUUGUCUGCUGCACUGACAUGUAAUGGGUCCUUAUGGUAAUUGCACCCCAACCACUUUCCUCAGCAGUACAAAACAUACAAGUAAAGCUUCACCUUCUUAGUUGAUAUAAAUGCAUGGUUAUGAAUAGGACACUUAACUUCCUUGUGUGCCAGGGCUAUCCCUAAAAUAUGACAUUUGAAUUUUAUUGGAUCAUUCCUCUUAACAGAAAGCAAACAUACAUAGGUAGCACUACCUUGGGUGUUGUGCCAUUAUAGCCAAGCUGAAGGGAAAGAGGGCAAGUUGGCUUCAUAUACAUCCAGGACUAACAAAUCCACUCCAACUAGUCUACUUAGAGUUGCCUUGACCUGCAAUUAGGUGUUUUUUUUUUUUUUUUUUUUUUUUUUUUUUUUAUAAACCAGCUCAGUACUGUACGUUUUUCAUUCCACUUUUACUUAUUCAUUUAUAUGUAGAGGGGUGCUAUUCUUCAAGCAUAACUAAAGAAUAAAGUCUGCUUGGUUUCUUUUUUUUUGUGCCUGCAUUCUGGAAUAGAUUUUAUCAGUUACACUUGAAAACCUACCUUUCAUUAAGCUUGUUAAGUCACUCAAAGUGUUAAGUAACAGUCAGAAAUGUGAAGGGGUGAGCACGUUUACUGUAUGUUUCCUGUGUACAUUAUGACAAAAGUUUCAGCAUUUGCAGCAAUGCAAAAAACGUGUAUUUAUGUUUGCGUGCAUGUGUAUAUGUGUGUGUGUGUGUGUGUGUGUGUGUGUGUGUGUGUGUGUGUGUGUGUGUGUACACACACACAAACACACACACACACAUAUACACAUACACACAUUCAUUCAUUGCAUUCAUACACACACACACACACACACAUACAUACACACACACACACACACACACACUCACAUUGUCAAAAUAUUGGAAGGGUUGAAGAAAGAACCGGUAUGCCCAACUAACUGUGAAAGAAGACAGUAUGCCUUAUACUGUGGCCUGGAUAAAAACACACACUUUUUGGGGGUUUAGGAGCUGACAUUUUUAGCUGUUAUCUGGGAAACAGUGUACUCUAAAAUAGAGAAUCUUUCUUAUCCCAGACUUUUAAGUGCAAAAUUACAUUUUAAAAAUAUUAAACUGAAACUUCUGUUUCUGCAUUUACUAAAUCAGGUGUUGCAUCUAUUAGAAGAUAACUGCAUUACUCUAUAUUUUAUUUAAAUAAUUGUUUUUUUCUGUUUUACUGAUAAUGAAUAACAAAGCAGUUACUGUCCCUCUAAGAUGGGAAAAGAAACACUUAAAUGAAGACUGUAUUUUAAGUAGCUGAAGUUAAAUUAAAUGAAAUGGAAGAUAUAUAAAUUAUCAUUUCAUCAGUCUCUUGACAGUGUAUGGCUGUAUUGGUAACAUUUGAAAUGACUGUAUGUAUUAAUUGUACAAAGUUUUAAGAGCAUUACGUGUCGAUAAAUAAUGUAUUUGAGAUGGCUAAGCAUAAUGGCUCGUAAAAUGUAGUGUGUGGAAAAUAUCUUUAAGAUAUUGUUUUAAAAAGUUGUACAGUAUUUUUCCUGUAAAUGUUAUAUAUAGAACAAAAAUGUUCGUUGAACCUUAUGCUUCCCUUUUACAUUUUUUAAUUCUGAAAUAGCCCAUAUAGGUUGGUAGGUUGGUUCUGUGUGCAAUUUCUCUUUUUUUAGACUUAGCAUUAAUUAAGGGGCCUUAAAACAAAGUUCAGGCCACCUACACACAUAUUUUUUAGCACUGAAGUGAGCUACGCCAUUCAGGUUUGAACUUGAAUUUUGUAGAAAAUAAUUUUAUUAUUUGUUAAUAUAAGACCAUAGUUAAUUUAAUGCUAUUUUCCUUUAUUAUUUGAGUGAGUGUGUGUGUAUGCUUUCAUAAUUUCGAGGAUCUGCUUUUCAGUCAGCCAUCACCAUUUAAAGAGGCUUUUUGAACUGUUUGAAGCAGAUUUUUAUAUCCAGAUGCAGACAUUGUUGAAUAAAGGAGAGGCUAGGAGACAUUUAUGCACUUGAAUAAACUUAUUUUAUCUUCUAUGAUAAUUAGCACACAGUUAGGCUGACAGUGGGGUGAGAGCACAUCUGGAAGGCCUUAUUAGAAAAUUAUGUUUCAGUGACGUUUAUGCAGUAAGAACUCAUGCUGAAAAGAUUUUUUUCCACUGGGUUACAGCUGCAUGUUUACUUGAAUUUUGUGUUAUUUCAUACAACCAAGUGAAGCUAGGUUAGUUAAUAUUCCAAACUGAAUAAAAUAAGUUUGACAUGCUGUGCAAACAGGUAUUAUGAAAGAAAAGAAGAAACAAACUGCAUGUCACAGUCUUGCCAAGAUCAUGCUUCUGUAGGCUUUUACAUGCCUUUGCCAUCUCGCAUUGAUGAGGUGUAUCAUACUCUACAACAAAAUGUAUUUUGGUUGAGCAAUUUUUGAAAUGUGAUGUUAAAUGUUGAUCAGUUUUUAGCAUGAUGUCCCUAUAACAAGUGGUAUAUCACAUCCCAAGUUUGUCAAACACUGUCUCAUCUGGUACACUCACCCCUACACAACCCUUUUAUUUGUUUCUGUUUGUUCCUUCUUCAGUCUUUCCUUUGUUCCUUCCUAUGAUUUUUUUAAAGAAAAAAAAAAAAAAACGGGUACCACUUCACCA